AUGACUGUCGCCGUGGAUCCUAACUUCAAGUCGUCCUUGCCCCCACGCAAGAGAGCCAGAACCCAAGAGGAGAAGGAACAACGCCGGGUGGAGCGGAUCCUCAGAAAUAGAAGAGCCGCCCAUGCCUCCAGAGAGAAGAAGCGGAAGCACGUCGAGUACUUGGAGUCGUACGUCUUACUGUUGGAAUCGAAUCUCGCCACUUUGUCGGAUAACUACGCCUCUGUGGCAAACCUCGUUUCACAAGACAAGAUUGAUGGUCUCAACUUGCCCGCUCUUCAAGACUUGACGUCGUUGAAGAACCAAAUUCACGCCAACAUGUCGCUGGUCACUCCUGCCUCAAAGCCUUCCAAGAUGGGCUCUGUUCUGUUCGGUGACGACGACCGCGAUUGCGACGACAUGGAUCAUCACGGUGAUUUCUCCGUCGAGGAUACACCCGACAUCCAGGUGAAAAAAGAAGAAUCGGAUGGUCCCGCCGAAGCGGCCCCAGAGGAUUCCAAGAGCUCUCUCCUUAAAGUUGAGGAGUCGCCUCUGAACCUCUUGACCGCCUCCCCAGCAGGAUACUUCAACUACCUCCUGCCGGUUUCCAUUAACUCCCCCGUGAACUCCCCUAUUGAUUUACAAUUGAAGAUGAGUGAAUCAGUGGAUCUUGCCGAGUCUUACUCGGGUUCAACCACCUCCGGCUCCAUGCCUAGCACACCGGACAUGUCCAUGCAACACAACGAAGUGUCAAUGAUGGAUUCAGCUACCUCAGCUUUCGAUACUAUGGCGCAAAAUCCAGCAGCGAUUUUGUCUCCACGGUUAAUCAUGGCUUGA